CUCUUGUCCCCUCUCCCUCUGUGCAGUUUUGAUCCGCCAGACCCCUCCCCUCCCCAUCCAGCGCCGCCGCCCUCCUCGCCGUCGCCGUACAGACGUGCAUCCUCCUCCUUCUCCGCCUCCUCCGGUGCCGACUCUAUAGCCUGGACGAACAGCAACCCAAGCUACAGCAGGGAUCUCGAUUGGACCAAGACAAGGUACACAUGCACAAAAUUUUCACCGUGGAGAGCUACGGACUGUGAUGCUUAGGAUGGUGCAGCCUCACUAAUUAGAUUAUUCGUUGGUAAUCUGAAAAAACUAGGUCAUUCUUUAGUGUUUGGCACUCCUCUGGGGAAACAGGAGGGUUCAAAAUUACAGGGUUAUGAUUCCAGUGCAAAGGAAAUUGAAAUUUUGGGGAUUUAUACUCUACAAAUUUAUAGUUGUCAUCCAUCUAUGUAGUAUGUAGUGUGCUGCGCACUGCACAACUUUUUGUAGAAACACUAAAUCUGGUUGUUGUGUACAGCGACUCUUUUUUGUGCUUUCUUACUUAUUUGUUGCUAUGUAGUACUCCCUCCGUUUCUAAAUAUAAGUCUUUGUAGAGAUUUCACUAUGGACUACAUACGGAGCAAAAUGAGUGAAUCUACACUUUAAAAUGCAUCUACAUACAUCUGUAUGGGGUUCAUAGCGGAAUCUCUCCAAAGACUUAUAUUUAGGAACGGAGGGAGUACUAAAUUGUUGUCUCCAAGCUACCUCAGAUAUUGUUUCAUGAUUAUGCUAAUCUUCACAUAAUUAUUUUCGUGGCUCUGUUGUGUUUUCCUUGCUCAAGAUAGUGUAUAGUUUAUCUGUAUUGCUGUCGUUUUUCCGGCUGAAGGGACUCUGAGAACGCACAACGUGAUUCGAUCCCUCCUAUUGGCCUCAAUUGGGCGUUGAAGAUGCGUUGCAGCAACAGGGGGGAGGAUACCAUGCCUAGGGAGGCCAACAAAAGGAGGAGGAGGAUACACAUGGCCAAUGCACAAGAUGGUUGCGGCGCAUCGCUUCCGUACGAGAUGAUCAUACAGGUUCUGCAGUGGCUCCCAGUCAAAUCCGUCUUCCGCUUCAGGGCAGUUUGCCAUUCCUGGGCUGCGCUGCUCUCCUCCGAUGAAUUCCGCCGCCUCCACAUGUCAGCAGCCAAGGCUGCAAAGCAGCGGGCACCACCAGCCAAGCUGCUAUACAUCUCACCGACCGCCACAUUCGACUCCACCGCGGUCUACUCACGCUCCUUCUCGUCAUCAUCAUCAUCAUCAUCAUCAGGCGGCCCUAGAGAUCACGCGGACCUACUGUUCACCAUCGACGGUGCCCGUGGCAACUAUGUGGAGGUAGUGACGCCCGCGCCGUGCCAUGGCCUCACCCUUCUCUACGAUGCUCUCGACACAGCCUACUACAUCUGCAACGCGGCCACACGGGCAGCCACGCGUCUGCUGCCUUCUACUGACGUAGCAUGCGAUUCGAGUGCUGGGCUGGGGUUUGAUGCCCGCACAGACGAGCACAAGGUGGUGAGGUUGAUCAAUGGGAUGUUGAAUCCGAAGGACUUGGACCCAGUGAGGUGCGAGGUGUACACGCCUAGAGGCUCCUAUGUGGAUUGCCGCUGGAGGCCGGCUGCCAGAGGAGUACCCUCCAGCUUGCAUAAAUUUGUACAUGCCGCUGUUAUUAAUGCGUCAUGCAACAAAUUAUCUCCCGUGUUUGCCAAUGGUUGCCUCCACUGGUUGAUGACACCUGCCUCUUUCAUCACGACUCCAAGUGUUGCCAUCGUGUCCUUUUCGGUCGCAGAGGAGACCUUCACAUGUCUCCGGUCACCGCCCUUCUGGGUACCAGGAGCGCCGCCAACCUCCAGGAAUUGGUCAUCAGGAGAGCAACUAUUGGAGAUGGAUGACCAACUAUGUUUGGUUCGCAACAGAAUGCCUCAUGGUAGUAACACUCUGGAGAUCUGGAAACUGCUGGACUAUAGCUCUGGUGACUGGUUGCUGAAUCACCGAAUUAGUUUGUCAGGGCACCUGGCAAGAGAUUUGCGUCAGUCACAAAUUCUGAGAGUUAUUGGAUCUUUUGGCAGUUAUAGGUCGUCAAGGAAGAAGAUAAUCAUUACUACUAGCAUGCACAAGAUUUUCAACAAAUAUCAGAAAAUGGUUCACACCUAUGAUCCUAGGUCCGAGGCUCUGGAAACCAUUCUUUCAAUCACGGAGACACACUCAACACCACAAUAUGGGUGUCCUAGUUCAAGAUUCAGUUUCAUUCAAGAGACCCUUGCUCCCGUGCAUACAACAGAUGAAGAGAUAGCCUUGUCAUCUGACCUGGCUAAGGCGACUAGAGAGAUCCUACUCCGCCUCCCAGCUAAAUCAGCCAUACAGUCCAAAUUUGUCUGCAAGCAGUGGUUCAGAUUGAUUGAGAGUAAAAACUUCAUUCAGUCAUAUUUUCAGCAUAAGAACAUAGACAGAAAACCUAAAGUCAUGCUUGUGGUCAAGAGCACUGGACGGUUGGGCUUCAGUUUUGCUCCAUUGAAUAAAUGCCUCCAAGAAGCCCCUAGUCACAGUACAUUGCUUGAUACAAAGGUGGUUUGCUCCAAGCCUUGCCAUGGGCUAAACUUGGUAAGCACCGAGACGAAGGACUAUCUCUGCAAUCCAUGUACAGGUUUCCAUAGGGGCUUCUCUAACCUGGGGUCAAAUUUGCACCUACACUCGAGAAUGCCUAAAAUAGAAGAGCAUGCUUUUACAGUCGGCAGUAAAAAUGUUGGCUUGACUUUCAACACUUUGACUCGUGAACAUGUUAUUGUGGAAAUCUUCUAUCACCGGAAGGACUUUGAAUCUCGUCAGUAUGACAUGUCAUGCACGUUACACUGGUGUAACACUCCGAAUGCUGCCCAAGAGCACUCAGUACCACCUCUGCCUGUGAAUGACAUGCCACCGGCCUAUGUUAAAGGAAUGCUGUACUGGAUGAAUGAACCAAGGUUGGGACAGAGCUGCGAAUGGGCCAUUGUUUCUUUCAACCUUGCUACAAGUACUUUCGAUGUCGUCCCAUGCCCUUCGUGGUUUGCAAGAUGGAGUAGCAGAAACCGCUGUCGUGCAUUUGUUGUUGAGCUUGAGGGAGUGUUAUGUGCUGUUUUGGCAGACCCAGUUGCAGACAAAUUAGAUGUAUGGAAGCUAGAGCAUGGCCAAUGGGACAGAGCAUACACAAUUCACCUAGAAGCAUGUCCUGGCUAUUCCCUCAAGACAUGUGUUGUGGUGCCAUUAGCUGUUGAUCCCGAUCAUGGGAGGAUCCUGCUCAACACUGUUAGGAAAAUAGGUCUAUAUGAUCCAGUGGAGCAAACAAUUGAAAAUCUCUAUUCACUUGAUCAGGUGCCGGUUGCCAGUAGUGCACAUCUUAAGUUUCUUGACAUGCCUUCAACUUCAUCAGGGGAUAGUUUGACAUGCUCCAAAGAAGAGUCAGUGGCGGAGAUGAAUAGAAUGGACUCUAAAUUGAUUCCUUCUGUUCCUAUGUUAUAUGAGGAGAGCCUGGCAUGUUACUCAUUUGUGCGCAAAGCAAACGGCUUGUGGUGAGACAUUUUCAAAGCACCCACACUACCUUUUUAUAUAAAGUAUUUAUGUGUAAUAUCUUGCCUGCAUGUUUGGCGAACUGAAACAUCCAAGGUUUGAUAAUGUAAUAGUAUGAGACCUUUUUAUUUACUGUCUGAUGUUCCUUUUAAUGUGAUGAACUCCCUCUGUAAGCUUUUAUAAGAAGAUUUAGGUCACUACUUUAGUGAUUAAAACGUCUUAUAAAAGUUGAGAGUAUUAUUAUUUUGCAUUCAAAAUAUAAUGAUCAAAGUGUUGCUAAUGUUUAUAUUAUCUGCACAAAUAAGAGGAUGAAGAUAUAUUUUAUUCGGCCUUGUAUU